GUUCUUAUGGUCCUCGCUGAGGCCAAGGCUGCUAGGAGUAGGGCCAAAUGGGUGGCCUACACGGGCCCGUUGAGAUGGCUCAUCAAUAGGAUCCAAGAUUUCCAUAGAUGUGUUCAGGACUGGAAUCUCACUGAGUUUCAGGACGCUCUCGACAGCUUAGAGGAUUGCCCUGAGCUGUUCACCACCGUCGUGUCCCUCAAGGAGGGGCUGCAAGAGAUUAGAGUUGCUGCAGGUCUGUUGCGCGUUGAGUUCAGCGCUGGUGCCCUGAACCAGGCGCUGGCGAUCCAGGUUCUGGACGAGCUGCUAGAGCACGUCACCAAGCUCCUGCAUCAGGAGCAGGCGGCAGAGAACGCUGCAGACGGGAAG